GGGAGAGUUGAUUUGAACUAAAGACAAAGGCGCCUUUAAAAGCAAUAUCCUCUCUGUCAUUUUGGGUUGGUUUUUAUUUUAUUUUUGUUUCAAGGAUGGUGUCGUUUUUGUGGAGAAUGGAGAGCUAGAGAAGAAGAUAAAAAUAGCUAAAAAAACAGAGAAGACAGGCAGGCAGAGAAAUAGAGACACACAGAGAGAGAAAGCGAGACAUAGUGAUCUAUCAAACAUGGCCAUGGAGAAGGAGGGAAGAUUGUUUGAGGCUUUGGUUUGGUUUGUUUGACUUUGUUUCUUCCAUUCUUUAUUAUACACACAGAAGCUUGUUAAAUCUUGGUGGGGUUAAAGUGUUGGCAGACGAUGUAUUUAUUAAUAUUCACAGUCUUUAUCUUCUAGGGUUGAGAAUUUGAAAUGGAUUUUUCAGAGUCCACAAAGGUUGUGUACAAUAGAAUCCAGGAGAUAGAGCCUGAAUUCGUCGGCAAGAUCAUUGGCUAUAUUCUGUUACAAAACCAUGGUGAGAGAGAAAUGAUUCGGCUAGCCUUUAGCCCUGAUAAUUUGAUUUACGCUACGAUUAGCAAAGCCAAAUCUGAUCUGGGGCUAAACAAAACACCAGUUCCGAAUCCAAUUUCACCUUCUCAGGUGAACCCGGCACCUGUUUCAGAUGUUCAUCUGCAAUUCAUUCCUAACACAGCAGUUUCAUCACACCCAAUUUCCUCUCCAAUAAAGAUUAGGACUGCAGGUUCUUUCUGGGAUGCCCAAGUAACUGGUGACCAGCAACAGGCGCACAACCUGGAUUUUGGUCCACCAGGGUACUCAGAAAUGCUCCCUGAAGAUUACCGGCUUCAAAACCAAAUGCAGUUCUUGACUUCGGAUGAUCAGUUAGAGUUUGUUAAUUCUGACUUUUCUAGCAGUUACUUUUACCCAGAACCAGCAUUAGGUCCUAGGACUAGUAGAAGGUCUCCAAGCUUGCCUGAAUUUCCUGUUAAGAUUUGCCAUUACUUCAAUAAAGGGUUCUGCAAGCAUGGGAACAACUGUAGGUAUUUCCAUGGCCAUCCCAUGCCAGAAAGCUUUUCUCAGAUUCUCAGUCUGAAUUCGAAUGAGAUUGCAAACGAUGAACAUUUUAUCUCACCUGGCUCUCUUGAAAAGCUUGAAUUGGAGCUCACUGAGCUUUUGAAAUCAAGAAGAGGGGUGCCAGUUUCAAUUGCCUCUUUGCCAAUGAUGUAUUAUGAGAAGUAUGGGAGGAUGCUGCAGGCCGAGGGGUAUCUUACGGAGAGCCAGAGACAUGGCAAGGCAGGUUAUAGUCUAACAAAGCUCCUAGCUCGAUUGAAGAAUAGCAUUCGUCUCAUUGACAGGCCUCAUGGGCAGCAUUCAGUGAUUUUGACAGAAGAUGUUCCAAAGUACUUGGAGUAUGCUGGUGAGAGGAAUGAUCCCGGUGGAAUUGUUGCUGGUUCUAGGCAGAUCUAUCUUACCUUUCCAGCUGAAAGUACCUUUACAGAGCAAGAUGUUUCCAACUAUUUCAGCAAAUUUGGGCCCGUUCAAGAUGUUAGGAUUCCAUGCCAGCAGAAGAGGAUGUUUGGAUUUGUGACUUUUGUUUUUGCGGAGACUGUAAAGCAGAUACUAUCAAAGGGGAAUCCUCAUCAUGUUUGUGGGGCUCGUGUUCUUGUGAAACCUUACAGGGAAAAAUCAAGGCUUGUUGACAGGAAGUACGCUGAGAAAAUACAGCACCCUUUCUUUUACAGCCAACACUUCAUAGAUGGAGAUUCUGAGCUUCACUCUGUGCCGAGAGUUUGUGAUAAUUCAAGAUUACUCAGGAAGCAGCUCAUGGAGGAACAUGAGCAGGCACUUGAACUUGAGAGAAGGCGUCUCUCUGAGUUUCAGCUUGCGCCUAAACCCCUGGCUCGUCAUGCAUAUCAUGGCCACUCUAUGGAUGAGUUCAAGCUCUCAGAAGCCUGUGCAGAACAAGCAGACCAGUUCCCAUCUGCUGAGCAUUUCAAUUACUGGUUUGACGUUUUGAAUAAUGGUUCCACCAGCGAGGAAAAGCAUAGGCAUACAAGGACCAAUUGCAGUGAGCAGGAUAGCAACCAAGGAGUUAAUCUUCCCGAGAGCCCGUUUGCAUCUGCAAUAGGGAAAGGCAUUUCAACAGUUAUAUAGAGUAAGGCACAGAAGAAUUAUAGAGUUAGAGGACUGAAUUCCAAGACCAUUUUCGAGGGUUUCAGACACCAGGACCUCCGUUUCUUAAAAAAAAAAAAAAAAAAAUUACCUAAACUUAAUCGGUGAGCGUCAUAGGUCAGAUACCAACUGAAGGAGAGAAGCUAGAACUGUUCUCCAUGUUACUUGGUGGAGAUUGCAAAGACGACAGAUACAUAAAGUUAAUAUGUUACAGGUUUCAGAGCCUUUUUUUUUCUUUUCUUUUUUUAAAAAAAAUUGAUGUAAUCACAGAAAGCAAUCUAGAGAGCUUACUGUUCUCUAGAAGGGAAAAAAAAUGUAAGAUAGUCUGCUUUAGAUGGCUAAGGAAGUAGAACAAUGUGCAGGGUUCAGAGAGAGAGCAAGAAAGGUGUAGAGCAGCUUGCUGCCAAGAAUAGUAAGAAAUGCUAAUAAGCCUAAUUUUUACAAA